AUGAUGGCAACACUGCUCUAUGCUCCUUCUGCAUGCCACUUACGCGCAUCACUCAAUGGGCAUUCACACCCACCCCUCCUCUUCUCCCCUUGUCAAGUUCAUCAGAAGCCUUCUCAAGAAGAUGGCACAGUGCCUGGUUCUUACCCCCCCUCUCAUCCCUUUCUCUCCUCCCCCCCCCCCCUCCCCCUCCCACUCCUGCGCCACAGGUUCAUAGGCAACCUGCUCAAGGGGCAGACGGUGGGCAUCAUCGGCGCGGGGCGCAUUGCGCGCAUGAUGGUGGAGGGCUUUAAGAUGAACCUCAUAUACUACGACCUGUACCAGUCCAAGCGGCUGGAAGAGAGCGUAACUGCCUAUUCCCGCUUCCUCCAAUCACAGGGCGAGCCGCCGGUGACGUGGCGUAGAGCGUCCAGUCCCGAGGAGGUGCUGCAGGUUGCUAACGUGGUGUCGCUAGACCCUGUACUCGAUAAGACCACCUUCCACCUGCUGGACGAGAGCCGUCUCAACAUGAUGAAGAAGGUCGCCAUACUGGUGAACUGCAGCAGGGGCCCCGUGGUGGACGAGGUGGCGCUGGUGCUUCGUGUGGGGGCGGUGGUGGACGAGGUGGCAUUGGUGAAGCACCUCAAGGCCAACCCCGCCUUCAGAGCUGCUCUCGACGUCUUUGAGGACGAGCCGCUGAUGAAGCCUGGUCUCCCCACGCUCCCCAACGUGGUCGUGGUGCCGCACAUUGCCUCUGCCUCGCAAUGGACGCGUGCUGGAUGCACUGGCAGCUCUCAACGUCGCUGUGAGUGA